UAUAAGAGCGUUGUGUAUUCAUCUUGACAGUAUUAAAUCUAGUCGCCAUGAAUGCGUUCAGUGUCGUUUUUUCAAUCUUCCUUAUUGUGAACGUUUGUGAACUGAGAUUAGUGAAAGAAAACGUUCAUUCGAGAUCACUUAAGUCAAAUGAGAUUACUCUGGAGAAUUCGAGAACAAAACGCGAAGUUGUUGGAGGUGUGACAGAAUGUAAUCCAAAUGAUGGGCAAUAUAUGAAUUUAGCAGAGGAAUCCUUAUCCAAGUACAUGCAGGACGCCUGUUUAACUGAAAACUAUCGCGUUUUCAAAGUUAAUAAAGUAACGGAGCAAGUUGUUGAGGGUACAUUGACGACUAUCGAAUUUGUCGCAGGCCCAUGCGCCGAGGACGGAGUGGUGCCCACUUCAGAUAAAUGUGACGUCAUAGACAAUAAUAACGUAAUAGAAUGCAAUUCCGAGGUAUGGGAUAGACCCUGGAUGAACUCCAAGACAAUUGAAGUCUGGUGUGCGUGACUUUAACAUUAUUUGGUAAUUAAACAUACAAUAUUCGCAAAAAGAUUUCUUA